AGUUUCGGAAGGCUGGCAAUUUAAAUGUGCUGCAAUCAUGCGAUCAAGCCAGCCCGUGGCAUAAAGACACCACACCCACUGAAAGGUAUUUCUUGACUCCACACCUUCUGUUGCAAUCAGAACUCAGUCAUAACAAAAUGUCGACAGGUGCCUUCUUAUUUUGUUCCGUCCUGACUGUGGUGGAUUUACAGUCCUGGAAUAGUGAGAAGUGUUCGCUGAGGUGCAUACGCCAGAGAGGACCAGGAUGUCAAUAUUGCCGGAUAAGCAACGAUGAAGUGGACCAAGUGCUCGGCUUGAAGUACAGAAAUACUAUAGGAACUUGCACUCCAUGGCCAUGCUUUGAACUGCUGGCAGAAGACGACCCUCAUUUGUGUGAACACUUCGUUGAAGCACCAAACGAUAUCGAGAUUGAUCUAAGACCCAGUUCAGACCCUCAUUCGGAUGCUGUGGUGAUCUCCUGGAAGCCCAGCGAACAUGGCAUUGACUUUCUGCGAGGCUUCCAGGUGUCAUUGAAGUCUUUAAGAGGGUCAGAUCUUACCUGUCAACUUUUUCUCCUCCAGACAAACCUGACACUUCCAGCGUCCCACGCUGAAAAGCGUUACAAGUCGGACGUUUUCUCUGGCCUCUCUCUUGGUUCCAAAUAUGCUGUGACUGUCAUGGCCCUGCCUGUGCCUCGAGAGUGGGAGAAGUUCUAUCGCAGCAGAGUCUUCUCCACACGCUCGUGUGAAGAGAAAACUGGUGUUCCCGAGUGCAAAGCAGAAUGGCACCCCCAGUAUGUUGAUGUGCAGCAAAAAAAUACGGUGGUCAUCGUCACCUUCAACCUGGCUCCUCCUAUCCUGGGCAUCACGAGCUACUUCUGCAUCUGUACAGCAAACGGCAAGACGACAUCCACGGACAUUAUUCCUAAUGUCUCCAGAAACAAAACACACCACAGCUUCGCACUCAGAGACCUCGAAGAAGGAAGUAAUUACACAUGCGAGGUGGCAGCCAGUCAGGUAGAUGCAGUGAGGAAACAAUUCAACGUCUAUGUCAAGAAGCGAGAAGCUACGACGGGACGUCCCUACUGGAGUCUGGCCUUUCUUUUCUUCUUUGUUUGGGUGUUAACUUCUGUUGUCACCCUGGCUGUGUUGAAGAAGAAAUACUACUCACAAACAAGGAAAACCCUCAUGGAACCUGAGGAAGGGAGGAAAAUGAAUGAAAAAGAACCCCACCUUCCUUCCCCGAGCAGACAUACAGUAUGACCAGCAGGUCUGCAGACCCAAGACCAAGCAGCAGGGGACACGGACAGUCCCCGUAAGGUGCGCUCAUGUAGACUGCACAUGUGUUUGGGAACAACGAUCACCUGUGCUGCUGGACGACAAUUAGCAUCAUGCUCAUCGUUUCAAACUUGUACACGCGUUUACCAAAUGAGGUCAUGUGUAAUGUGGCAUAAAACAGCAAUCACUUCUACUUGCAGUCUAUUAGCCAAAGGCCACUUUUACGACUAUAGCUACAAAAGCCUGUUUUAAAAGAAAAACAAAUAAGAUGGAGGCAGGUAAAAAAAAAAAAAGCCCUCAAAAGGCUGCAUGAGCACUUCCAUUAAUAUAACCUUUUACUGUUGUUAUGCUGUAGUUAAGUCAGUAGCCACAACAAUCCACUUUGAUCUAGAACAGGGGUCAGCAACCUUUUUGAAAGCAAGAGCUACUUCUUGGGUAGUGAUUAAUGCGAAGGGCUACCAGUUUGAUACACACUUCAAUAAAUUGCCAGAAUUAGCCAAUUUGCUCAAUUUACCUUUAACUCUAUGUUAUUAUUAAUAAUUAAUGAUAUUUACACUUAAUUGAACGGUUUAGAAGAGGAGAAAACACGGAAAAAAUGACAAUUAAAUUUUGAAACAUAGUUUAUCUUCAAUUUCGACUCUUUAAAAUUCAAAAUUCAACCGAAAAAAAGAAGAGAAAAACUAGCUAAUUCGGAUCUUUUUGAAAAAAUUAAAAAAAUAAUUUAUGGAACAUCGUUAGUAAUUUUUCCCGAUUAAGAUUAAUUUUACAAUUUUGAUGACAUGUUUUAAAUAGGUUAAAAUCCAAUCUGCACUUUGUUAGAAUAUAUAACAAAUUGGACCAAGCUAUAUUUCUAACAAAGACAAAUCAUUAUUUCUUCUAGAUUUUC